CAGUGGGACACCACCUUUACCAUCUCGUAUUUUUGGUGUGUACAGUUUACUGAAAAUCUGAAAGUAAAGCAAUAGGAGAUAGCGAGCCCCAAACAAGAAAGUAUCCAGAAUGGGCUCUUCUUCUUCAAUUAAAGCUUUUGGAGCAAUUCUUUAUAGAUUCUCAACUGGGGUUCCACUCAAAUGCCCAAACUCCUUCACCCUCCAAAGUACUGGUUUGCUAAGUAGGAACCUAUUAUCUACAUCAUUAUCAUCAUCAACAUUGUCUUAUUCAUCCUGGGUCUCAUCAUUUGAAUUCCAGUCCGUAAAUUCAGUUAGAAAGAUAUGGACUUUCUCUCCUCUCUGUAUGGGCAGGCGAUCCUGCAAGAUUGCCGGUAGAAAGGGGGCUCAGGAUGCGAAGAAGGCAAAGCUGUAUGCAAGAAUUGGAAAGGAAGUCGUAUCUGCUGUCAAGAAAGGAGGUCCCAGUCCUGUAUCAAAUACAGCUUUGGCUGCUGUACUGGAGAAAGCUAAGGAACUUGAUGUACCCAAGGAUAUCUUAGAGCGCAACAUCAAGAGAGCUUCUGAGAAGGGACAGGAAGCUUAUAUUGAGAAAUUCUAUGAGGUUUAUGGUUUUGGUGGAGUUGGUAUUAUAGUUGUGGUCUUAACAGAUAAAGUAAACAGAUCAGUGGCAGCUGUUAGAGAGGUGGUAAAGGACUGUGGUGGAAAGAUGGCAGAUCCUGGAUCUAUCAUGUUCAAGUUCAAUCGUGCUUGGGCUGUAAAUAUUAAAGUCGCCGAUGCUGACAGAGACCAGCUCCUUGCCAUUGCUUUAGACGUUGGUGCCGAUGAUGUAAUAGAACCUCCGGUGUAUGAAGAUGAUACAGAAGAGGAUAGAUCAGAAAGAUAUUAUAAAAUUGUAAGUUCGGCAGAGAACUACGCAGCAAUACUAUCAAAACUCCGUGAGGAAGGAAUAACUUUUGAACCUGAUAACGGGUUUGAGCUACUUCCAAUAACUGCAAUUGAGGUGGAUGAUGAGGCUAUGGACUUGAACAAGCAACUUAUGUCCAAUUUACUUGAACUUGAUGAUGUUGAAGCAGUAUAUACAGAUCAAAUGUGAUCAAACUCAGAUUUCUGGUUACCGUCUCAGCAACUGGACCAUCUUCUUGGGGCUGUUGGACUUGUAUCUUUGGUUCAUGGGCGCGGUAGAAGGCUAGAUUGGGGCUGCAAACCUAUUGAAAAGAUUGCCUGUUGUAGCUCAGAAGAGAAGAUUCAAGUUCAGGUAGGACUCUUAUUGCUCUUGUAUCUUCUCUUACAAGAGAAUAAUUCUUCCCCCCGAAGUUUGAUUUAUGCAUUUUGAAAGUAUAGAAUACAAUGCACUUGCCCAUUUUGUUUCGGGAGGGGUAAAUUAUAAGUAGUUCAUUAAUAAUACCAGUGUUUUUAUUUUUUUCCUUCU